AUGCUGACUUUCAUCCAGCUGAUCGUUUUUUUACCUUUGACGAGCAUUACCACAGCGGAUGCAGAGAAACUUUUCCACAGCCGGGAUCAUUCUGAUGUGCAAGUUCCUUCCUCUCACCGAGCCGAUCCCAUAACGGACAAAUAUGGUUUCAUCAAGCCGGUGUACUGGGAGGAGAUCCAGUUCGAAGAGGCAGACACUUCUCUCAGCGAUGACUUCUCAGGAGAUAACCCGAGAGCCAAUAUUCAAGAGGGGGCCUCGGUGUCUCACUCGAGGGCCGACAGAGACGGCGACCGAGGUGAACACAGCAGUUUGACCAAGAGCCCAGAAUUUGUUUCAGCGCUCAAAGAGUUUCAGAGAGUGUCGAGCCUGCCCAUCACAGCUGUGUUGGAUGACGCCACCAUAGCGGCCAUGAACAAACCAAGAUGCGGAGUCCCAGACAAGGAGAGAGACCUGGACGCAAAUGAAGCGCCCGGCACGGCGCCUGAGAACAUCACCCCGUCAAACACAAGUGCCUCAGAUGAUCAAACCGAUGUUGAUGGCGACGGCUUCAAUGAGACUCUCAGCAGCAACGUGGAGAACAGUUUGAUCGGCCACCCUUCGUUCAGCACUGUCUCUAACUCCUCUGAAAUUGAUGGCACAUUUAGUUUCAAUAACACCGACGGCAAUCUGACCAGUGUUUCCAACAACACCAGCAGGAACGACACUGAGGGCCUUUCUGUUAUAGAUGGCGGCUUGGAUGCUACUUCUGUGGACGGCGUGGACGGUUACGUGGUGAGCGACGGCGUGGGUAAGCAUCGGGGCAUCAGUGAGGUGCAGCGCAGGAAACGCCACCUCGCCGCGCUCGUAUCCAAAAGCAGGCGGAGGAGAGAUUUGAGUGACUGGGGCCACAUGGCCUUUUCCAAGACGGUGCUGAGAUGGAGGCUGAUGGGGGAAGGCUACAGCAGUCAACUGUCCAUCGAGGAGCAGAGGUACAUCUUCAGGCUGGCCUUCAGGAUGUGGAGUGAAGUGUCACCGCUGGAGUUUGUGGAGGACACGCGUUCCCUGCUGGGGGACAUUGACAUCAGGCUUGGCUUUGGUACAGGAAGACACCUGGGGUGCAAUCAAAGGUUCGAUGGCACCGGUCAUGAAUUUGCCCACGCGUGGUUCCUGGGAGACAUACAUUUUGAUGACGAUGAACAUUUCACAGUACCCAACGCUGGCAGGGGGAUUAGCCUCCUUAAGGUUGCAGUUCACGAGAUCGGCCAUGUCUUGGGUCUGCCGCACAUCUACAGACCCGGCUCAAUCAUGCAGCCUAGCUACCUGCCCCAGGAGUCGGGCUUUGAGAUGGACUGGAUGGACAGAAAAGCCAUACAACACCUUUAUGGAGGCUGCGAGGGCCGUUUCAGCACGGUGUUCGACUGGAUCAGAAAGGAGAGGACGGCCUACGGGGAGGUGGUUAUCCGCUUUAACACCUACUUCAUGAGAGACGGCUGGUACUGGCUGUAUGAGAACAGGAACAACCGGACCCGCUACGGGGAUCCAGUGGCAUUGCAAGUUGGCUGGCACGGCAUUCCCGCAGACGGGGUGGACGCAUAUGUCCACGUUUGGUCUCGUCAAAGAGAUGCCGUCUACUUCUUCAAGGGCACUCAGUUCUGGAGGUACGACGGUGAGAAUGACCGGGCCGUCACACAAGACUCAGACGGGCGUCGCUACCCGAUGCUCAUCUCUGAGGGCUUCCCAGGUGUCCCCGCUCCCAUUGACACAGCCUUUUAUGACAGGAGGGACUCCCACAUCUACUUCUUCAAAGGCACACAUGUAUACGCAUUUGAUGUGGAGGCCGAAAGCUUGGCAAGAGGCUUUCCCAAAAGCAUCAGACACGUCUUCCCUCCAGUGGUGAGCGGCGACCAUCCAUACAGCAACAUCGACGCUGCCUACUUCUCCUACAGCCACAAUGCCGUCAUUCUAUUCAAGGGUACACACUUCUGGCAGGUGGCAGGCAGUCCGCAUCGCCGGCGGCAACCCCUGCUGCCCCGCAACGGCCUGCUGCCGCACAAGGAGGUGAACCGGCACUGGUUCGACAUCUGCAACGUUCAUCCCACUGCACUGAAAAUAAGCAGGUGA